AUGUUGAAGGGCCAGACACAAUCGAGCGAGCUGCAGGCAUGUUAUCUCCAGGAACGUGGUCGGACACAGCAGGCUGUAAUUUUCAAUCUCCUCACACGCGACGAUGCCAAAAGCAGCAAAGACAUCGCACUAGCAGCGCGAAAGGACAGUUACUCGAUGAAGACUAUAGCGAUCAUGACUAUGAUCUUCCUGCCUCCCACCUUCUUCGCUACUCUUUUCGCUAUGCCUUUACUGAAGUGGGACGAGCCAAAGGUCAUACAGCCAAGCUUUGGCAUCUACUGGGCUGCCUCUAUACCAACCACUGUGGCAGUACUUCUGAUCUGGCAUUGGAUGUCAUCUGAGAAGACUAUCUUCGCUGACGCAUGGAGGUGGAACAAACACGAGAGGCACGAGGUCGACGAAGAUAUUGACCUUGAGGAGGCUCAAAUUAGGAGGAGCGUCCUGUGUCACCCUUAUAGACUGAGAUAUGGGUCGAAGCAGAAGGGGGUGUAG